AUAAAAGGCUAAGCAAAGUCUUAUGUGAGUUCAAAUGGCAUGAAAGUUUAACUGUUCUGGCUAGUGUUUUGGAAAUUUGAAAAUUGGGUGUACUCGAGUAUUGUCAUGUGAAGUGCAGUGUCUUUGGCGAUGGAUAUUCUGCUGCUAGACGUGUACAGGUAUGAGCUAUGUGAUAGGUAGGUUCAAUUGCAUCCAGGUUCAGAUUUUUUUUUUAGAUCAGGUUUAAAUUAAUCUGCAAGUGAAUCUAUUGCUAGAUUAUUGAAUUUUAAUGAAUUGAUGAGGUCAUAUUUUCCCCAGGAGCAUUUAGUGAAAUGUGCGUUUUUAUUCAUAUUGUCCACCUGGUUAGAAAAGUGAACCCUUAUAAUAUUUGACUAGCUUUCUUCUGUUACAUAUUUGUAACUUCAAUGGAUAAAAUCAGGUGGUAGUAAGGUGUUUAAGCAUGAUGAAUGAGAUGGUGCUUUUUGUGAUCAGACAAUAUAGAACCUCAUUCGAAUAACCGGAACUACUAUUGAUAAUUUUUCAGUGUCAGAACAACUAUUGACAGAUACAAGAAAGCAUGUGCAGAUGCAUCAAACCCAGGAUCUGUUGCUGAAGCUAACACUCAGAUUAACAAUCUAAGCUUCGGCGGAGAAUUAGUAUGCAAAAGCUAAAGCUAUGGCUUCCCGCACUGGCCAGAGAGAUCAUGGCAGCCUCAACUUUAAGUCCAAAAAACCCCAUUUUUUCAAGGUACUUCUCAGGGAUGCUAUUGAGCAUGGAAAACUGAAAAUUCCAGCACAGUUUGUUAAAAAAUAUGGAAGUGAAAUCCCAAGCCCAAUAUUUCUCAUGGUCCCAAGUGGAGCAGUCUGGCAAGUUGAAUUGACAAAGUCUAAUGCUGAAAUAUGGAUGCAGGGUGGUUGGAGACAAUUUGUUGAGCAUUUCUCUCUACAGUUGCAAGACUUUGUGGUUUUCAGAUAUGAAGGGAAUGGUCUUUUCAAUAUAAUAAUAUUUGAUAAGGGAGCUUCAGAAAUACAAUACCCAAUCAAUAGCAGUCAAGCUGGAAAUCUCAAUUUUACUGGAGAAUCUCAAGGACUAGCAAGCGAAGAAGACGGUGAUACCUCUGUUGAAAUCUUGGAUGACAUGCCACCAAGCAAAAAACGAAGGGAAAAAUCACCUUUACAAUGUAAUGAAGGUGAUGAUAACUCUGUUGAAAUCUGUAGGAAGAUGAGAAUAUAUUCAAAUACUAAUAGAACUGAGAGCAAAGAAGUUGAAGACUCGUACCAAUCACUCGGUGCAUUUUCCAGCCCUCACAACAAACUUGCAGCUCAAAAAUCUGAAAAACCCCAAGUCAAUCUUAACAAAGUGAGACAUCAGGAAACUGCUGGUUCACAGGAUACUCAAGGGGCUUCGUCUCUUAGAAUCCCUGGUGUCCUUGAAUCAAAGAAUCCAAAUUUCAAAGUUCUAGUGAGAUCAUGUUACUUGAACAAUCACUGUUUGCUUUUGCCAUUUGGGUUUGCCAAGAGAUAUAUGCCAGGAACUCGCAUGGUAAUCCUUCAAGUUGCAGGAAGAUCAUGGCAUGUGAAGCUAAAAUCCUAUCCUUCGAGAUCCUUUUUAACAAGCGGAUGGAGUUUAUUCGCAAAGGAAAACGCUUUGCAAGCGAAUGACAUAUGUGUCUUUGAGCUGAUCAAUAGUAGUAAUGCUGUGUUGAGAGUUUACAUCUCUAAAUGUGCUGGUUAAGUAGUAGUCUACAUUACAACUCUUUAGGUAGAAUGAGCAACAUGGUAUCAACUCCUGGAAUUUCAUGCCAUUAUUUGUGGAUCAUUUUUUUUCUUCCUUUU